AUGGCAUCAGUGUUGACCUUGGAGAGUUGGAGAGCACCAGCACUGGGAGCCGCUCUGGAGAAGCGGGGCAUUACCUGGGAGAGCAUCCCCCCAAAGCGUGGCAUCAGCAUCAUGAAGAAUGAGACAAAUGUGGAGAAACGGCACACCAUUCUCUUGACAAUCCCAAAUGAUGUGUUGGACAACAGCAAGAUGACACUGUCAUUCCAAGCUUCAACCUCCAAGCCAAUCUCAGAGGAGAGUGCCGGAAUUGACGACUUGGUGAUCACUGGCUUCUAUGAGUGUGAGGAGAGUGCCGCCCCAUCAGUACCAACUGUCCCGACUACUGCAGGGCCUACAAUGAUAGAGACAUUUGAGGCCCCUGCUGCAGUCACAAGGAUGCCUACAGUGGAGCCAGGAAAGCCCAGCAUCAGUCCUACUACUGGACAGCCAACCUUUGUUGAGACCUUUGAAGCUCCUGCAGCAGUCACUAGGAGGCCUUCCUGGCCAACACCGGGCAACAAGUUGUGCUACCCGGAAGUUGUCAUUGUAGAGGAAGACUUUGAGAGUGACGGAUCAGUGGAUUCGUGGACUGGUGGCUCAGUUUCCAGAAGAGAGGACGGCUCCCAGUUCUUGGGUCUUUUGGGACAAGGAAACAGUCAGAUCUAUCAGGAGUUUGAAAUACCCUUGUCAGCAAAUGAAGAAGAUCCAACAGAGGCAAACUCUGUAACCAUUCAGUUUUCUUUGUACAUGCUGGACAAGUGGACUCCCCCAGACAAGGUAUUUGUGGUUGUCAAUGGCAUCAGUGUUGACCUUGGAGAGUUGGAGAGCACCAGCACUGGCGAGCCUGCUUCUGGAGAAGCUGGUGGCAUUACCUGGGAGAGCAUCCCCCCAAAUCGUGGCAUCAGCAUCAUGAAGAAUGAGACAAAUGUGGAGAAGCAGCACACCAUUCUCUUGACAAUCCCGAAUGAAGUGUUGGACAACAGCAAGAUGACCCUGUCAUUCCAAGCUUCAGCCUCCAAGCCUAUCUCAGAGGAGAGCGCCGGAAUUGACGACUUGGUGAUCACUGGCUUCUAUGAGUGUGAGGAGAGUGCCGCCCCAUCAGUACCAACUGUCCCUUCUACUUCAGGGCCUACAAUGAUAGAGACAUUUGAAGCCCCUGCUGCAGUCACAAGGAUGCCCACAGUUGAACCUGGAAAGCCAAGCAUCAGCCCCACAACUGGACAGCCAACCUUUGUUGAGACCUUUGAAGCACCUGCAGCAGUCACUAUGAGGCCUUCGUGGCCAACACCAGGCAACAGCCCCACUACUGUGCGGCCCCUUUGUUGA